AUGGGAGUCGAGACCAAGAAAGCCCCUCCCCUUCCCGCCCCAACAGAGACCGACUCUCCCACUCCGACCGAAUUGACCAACGACGACCUUGCCAAGCUUCCCGACGAGGCCUCUCAUUAUUCUCUACCCGACGACGGUAGCCCUGUCACCAUACGGACUCGUGGUCACCGCGCAAAUCGCUCCCAAACCUCCCUCCUCAUCGAGUACUUCGAGGGCGGAAAAUCAGGCGCGUCGGGUACUGAACGGAAGCCCAGCGUUCGUGUGCGUCUGACGCCCUCCAAGAAACACAGGGACGACCACCACAUCCAGAUUACAGAGACCAAGGGCUCGCGAAAGACCUCCCUGACUCGCCGCAUUCCAUUGUCCUCCACUGCGACCACCCGCCUUGAACCCGAAGGCCCCGAAACAGGCGACACUGAGAGCAUGCGCUCCUAUGCUUCCGCCACCGAAGAGUCCAACGUCUCGAGGAAUCCCAUCGAUAUAGAGAUCGAUCGAGGUUCACGUCGACGUCGGCCAGCGAGUCCGUUGAUUCCCGAUCCAGAAGCCAAGCCGGUCGCCUAUCAGCCUCCGAACAUGUCGGACAUCUCGGCCAUUCCGUCAGACAGCUUCCUCGACGGCUCGGGGCCGACCAAUCUGACCUCGCGAGACGUUGAUACCAAGAGAAACAGAAGCCCCUCCCGUAGUGGUCAUUUCGCUGCCGGUGUGGUUGGCGCUGUCGCUGGUGCUGCUUUGGCUGAAAAGGUGAAGAACGCCAAGAUCAGAAGCGAGGGCAAGGAACGAGCUGUACUGCCCAAGUCAUCCGACAGAUCCCGGGAAAAGGAACGGAAGCACCGCUCCAGCAGAAGUCGUACGAGUAGCCUAAGCGAGAAGCCAGCUGAUGGGACACGCUCCCCCCGACGGAGGUCGAGCCGAAGCCACGCCGACUCGGCCGUCUCGGCUGCCGAUUCCAGUAUUCUUUCUUCAAGCAUCUCGCCCAGCCAUCGGUCUGCCGAUCAGUAUUCCGUACGCUCAGGCGCCCCCAAAUCGUCCAUCAACAAUCCGAAGCUUCUUGAGACAGUCGAGGAUGCGAUCCGGAGACUGAUCCUGCCAGAGCUCAGCGCCUUAAAACGGGAGCAAAGCAAACGCGAGAGCCGCCGCGAUUCCUUCACAUCCACCGCCACCGGCACGUCGGCCUCUAGAGAGGACCUUACUGCCACGGAUCGACGCAGGUCUUCAGGGAGAGGAGAUCGAGACAGCAGUCGGUAUCGUGAGCGGAGAGACCGGGAGGCAAGGCAUGAUUAUGCCGACAGCCAGUAUGGAAUCGAUGCGGAUUCCGUCGACGACCUGUCCGUCCACGAAGUCGCAGAAGACAGUCACAGAGCUUCAAACAGCGCUGUCAAAGCCGCGGCUGCCGGUGCUGCCGCCGCCGGCCUUGCAGCGGCUGUGUUGGACCCCAUAUCACCGUCCCCAGACGACAGGAGGCAAAGGCGUCGGCGACCGGCCGAUGCUUCUACCCGGAGCCGCAGCCUUGGACGCGACAGGUACGCUGAGGAGUAUGAGGACGAAGAGCCGCCGGCUCCGCCAAUGCCUCUGAUGAGCGAAAUCAACCCAUCCGAGCUUACGCGUACAUCAAUUCUAUCUGUCGAGUCGGACCGCCCGCAUUCUGCCAUGGAAGAGAGGACCUCACCGGUUAGGGGCGUGUCUCGGGACACUAUGGGGGCCUCUGACCACCCCACUUCAUCUGCUCCUGACGCCAUCACGUUUCGGCAGACUCUGGGAACCAAGCAUGCCAACAUUUCCCACGGCGACUUGCGCGAACUGCCGCAGAAACGCACCGGCGAGUAUGAGGACGGAAGAUUGCAGAACACGCCUCAAGAUUAUGACGACGAAGAGUAUGAGACCGGCGACCGCGGCCUUGGCGUUGAUCCAGGGGAGUAUGAUCCUGACGCGGGCUUUGCCGCGGACUACUACAACACCCAGCAUGUCCCUCCGCCUCUUAACUAUGUCCCGUACCAUCCCGACCAACGUGGACUCAGCCCAAUCUACAGCGUCUCGGGGUACACUGAAGGUGGCAGCGAGGCUGCGGGGCAACGCGACUCGAGGACGACAAAUGACAGCGCAUCUCCGGAUAAAUCGCCGCAGCCCGGUUCUUUGUAUUCUCCUGGCUCGGCUCCCGGCAAAGUGGUCGGUGCGACUUUCGACGACAGAUCUCUCGACGACCGCAGCAUUCGAAGCUCUGAGUUGGAACCGGGCCAACCGCUCCGCGGCGUUGGCGCCAACCCUAACAUCGUGGAUGUCCCCGUGGGCGUCGAAUCAAACGUGGCGUCACUUGUGGAUGGUUCAAUGCUCGAUCAGUCCAUUCUCACCGGCGGCGGAUCUGGACUGUCCGGCACAGACUACGGCAACCGCGACUCUUUUCUGUCGCACAACCGCGACUCCGAUUUGUCUUACGGCGAGCAGUACACCGCUCCAACCGCACAACGUGGCCUGAGUCCCGACAAACGAUCCGUGAGGAGCCAGCAGGAUGACCUGGCUGAACGCGAUGGCGCCGGGACACCCUCGUCCAGCCACCACAAUCGGUCUCGGGAGUUUGCGGGAGAGUACCACCUUGACGAGUACGGACGCAAAGUGGCCCCCCUCGCGAGGUACCAUAAUUCACCGUCCACCUCGCGCCAUUCCCCCACAGAAUCGGAGAAAGCCAUUGCUCUUGGGGCCGUAGGUGCGGCUGCCGCAGCCUUGAAAGCCGCCAAGGACCGGUCGAAGCAGCCGACCGUCGAGGAAGUCAACGAGGAGUUCGUCCCCGAGGGCGUGUUUAGGAACAAAUCGUUCAAGCAGCGGACCCUGGAAGGCCGCGAACCAGCUCACACGCCAGCGCACAGCGUCGACCGCCUUGACUAUGAGGAUCAACCCAAGAUGGGCGCCAGUGCUAUGCCGGCAUGGGAUGAUCCCAUGCCGGAACUUGGCUACGUUGACGAUGCUCUGUCGACAAAUCCCUCUCUGCAGCGGGAGGAAAUGGACCGUACUCCUACUCCGCGUGGUGACGACAACUGGGUUACGGAGACGACUCCGCGACAGGAUGAGCAGAGCCGGGGCCUUGGUUUGGCGGCCGCAACGGGGGUGGCUGCUGCUGCUGGGGCUGUCGCCGGGGCCGCAGCCCACAGUCGUCAACCGAGCCAGGAACCAGAUGACGAGUGGCAACGGACGUCGGCAGAACGGAAACGAGACACUCUGGUCACAAACCCCUACGAUGGCGCAAGUCCCCUGGCGAAUCCUGACCUACUCGCCGGGCGAGGUCUCGAUCCGGAUGGGUUCGGUGCUGGGUACCAUGUGGCCAGCCCCACGGGCCAGAAGAACUUUGAUGAGGGAUACAUCUCUCAGGGCCCUGUGCAAUCUCCAAGUAUUCAACCCGAAAGUAAGGCCUUGAUGGGCCUUCCGGAUGCUGGCGUGGAAGACCCGUUUUACGGACCAAAGGAUCACACACGACACCUUAGCGGCAUGUCACAGGGAAUGGUCUCCCCGAUUUAUGACGCGGCCACUGGCGCGGGCAUCGAGCGCAUCGAGUCGAAGGACAUAAUUGCCCUGAUGCAACAUCUCAUGGUUCGUGAUGCCCAACGCACAGCACGAGACACGGAGAUUCUCGUCACGCUCGUACGCUCAGCAGCCGAAAUGCGAAACUCGUUUGAGGGCGUGAAGAAGCUUCUGGCGGAGACCGAGGACACCAUUAUCAACGAGGUCAAGGAAAACACCGAGGAGACAGUGAAGAACGUCAUCGGCGGACCGCGCCCUUAUCCUGGCAGCGCACCUCGGUCAGUCAAGGGCAUGAGCGGCACGUCCCAGUCACAGGAUGGAACAGCGUCGGAGGACAAUCCCAAGAAGAGCUUGUUCCGCAGGGCUCUCUUCAGAAGCUUCGGAGCUAAAGAUACGAACGACCUCAGCCGCAUCGAAGACAUGCUGAAUCAGCUCCUAGCCGAGGUGGAUACACUGAAGGCGCAAACUGCAAGGCCUGCCGUGUCCAGCGGCCCAGGGCAGUCGUUUGAGAACCUGCCACCCGAGAUGCGGUACGAACAAGACCGCGGCUAUGAACCGGAAGGGCACGCCGGCACGUCAACGGCCAGCCACGCCAGUCAAUCUGGUCACCUCUCGAUUCCCAUCUCGCACCCCAGGGUACCAUCCACGAAGCUCGGCGGGUACGAGCGGAAGGUCUCGGACCACCGUAUCAGCACCGUCCAUGAAGAUAACGAAGAGGACUACGCCCCAGGAGGGCCAUACGCCCAGGCACGUCAAGAUACGCUGAGCCCAGGAGGACGUCAAGAAGACAUUCAACGUGGGAGCUCCGUACCUCUGGGUACCCCUCCACGGCCCAGCACAUCCCACAACGUCUCGGUCAGCAACGAAAACACGCCCAAGACGGAUAGGAGCAAGAAACACAAGUCCAAAGGCUCGUCGAGCUGGUUCCCCAAGAUCUCUCGUUGGUCGGAAUCCACGGCAACGAGCGUGGGCAGAGCGUUGCGCGGCAGCGGUAUGUCUAGCAAACGAGGAAACGACGACGAGUACGGCGACAGGCCAACGUCUCGUUCCGCCUCAGAUGUUGCCCAGUAUGACGAUGGCCAGUACCAUAGCGACCCGUAUGGCGAUGACCACCUACACACAGGCUUUUCCCAGACCAAUCUGGUAGGCGCGGGCACGAACGAGGCGGCGGAGGAGGUCCCACCCCCGCCUGCCACUUACAUGACGCCGGAAGACCCUAAGUACAAGGCACACCGCAACUCGCUCAACUUGCAGCACCCUCAGCCACGACAAGGGCAGACGGAACGGUUCAAGGCGGCGCUCGAGUCGCAGGCGCACGAGUACGAUUCACCUCUGUCGCCCAGGUCAGCCGACUGGGCGGGCUCGGCCACCAGUUUGAACCGGUUUCCGGCGCAGACAAGCAACCGCUACAGUGGCGGGUCGGCAGGGGGAGCCGCAGGUGCGGGAGAAUAUUGGAGUUCGCCCGCCGCAACCACCAGCGCACCGCCCCGGCCACCCAAGGAGCCUCUCGACAACAACGGGGCGCAAACGCCGGGCAGAUCUAGCAGGGUCUCGAGGCUGCAGAAGGGCAGCCCGUUGGCGUACCAGAGCAUGGAACCCGACUACGGGACGGAACGCAACAACUACACAAGCAGCCCCAAGCUGGAGAACCGCAACCUGAGCGGGGCGCUUCAAGUGCCGACUCGCCGACCUAGCGGACCUCGGGCCAUGACUCCCAAGAGUCCCGAGGAGGAGGCUGCUCGGGAAGAGCGUCGACGGAAGCGAGGUGAGUAA